CAGCCCCAGCCCUGGGUCCCCCUUCCCGCGGGAGCGGUGCCGCCCCGCCCCGGGCGCUCGCGGGGAGCAGCGGGCGGCGCCGAAAAAAAGCUUCCCGGUCGGCCCCGCCGGCAACCCCGGGAAGCCGGGGAGAAGCCGGGAGAAACGCCUGCUGCCGGCCGGGAGAUCGGUCUGCCCGAGCUGGGACGGACGCUGUCGCGCUGUGUGUCCCGGGAGGUUGUUGGAGGUUUCCCGGAGCAGCUCCCCGAAGCGGAAGGAGAAGCUUUAACCGAGCCGCUGCUGUGUUCGUACAUCCCUCCAUGUGCAAGAGAUGAUCAAGAGAACUCUGAGAACGUCACGUACAAGCAGAAAUACUGGAAAGAGAAAGUGGGUUCGCAGCCAUUUACAUGCUAUUUUAACCAGCACUUGAGGCCAGAUGAUGUGAUGCUGAAGCGCACCCAUGAUGAGACUGUCCUCUUGCAUUGCUUCCUCUGGCCUCUGGUUACGUUCCUGGCUGGAGUCCUCAUCGUGAUCCUGACCAUCUGUGCCAAGAGCUUGGCUGUCAGGGCAGAGGCAAUAAAAAAGAAGAAGCAUUUGUAA